GAAAAUGGCAACGAGAGUUGGUACACUUUGUCGAAUUUUCUGCUCAUGUUAGGAUUUUGGUUUGAAGAUAGUUGCCAUUGCUUUUAGCAGAUUGGUGACCAUAAUCAGCUGCUGAAGAGCAAGAGAAGAAAAGGGUUCAUUGGAGAGGGAUGAGAGAGUGAGUUAAGGGAACAUACAGCAACACAUGGAAGAAGCAGAGAAGGAACUGGAGAGAAGAAGCAAGUUUCUUAACAGUUUGAUACAAAAGAAGAAAGCCAUAGAACAACAAGGGCAGCAUGAUAGCCUUAACGUUCGUGUCAGAGCAUGUGACAUGCCUCUCCCUUUGCAGAAACAUGCCUUCCACUGUGCACGUGACCACCUCGAUUCUAUGCCUGCCAAGAAGCUUGACAGUAAACUUGUGGCUCUGGCCCUUAAGAAGGAAUUUGAUUCUACUUAUGGUCCAGCUUGGCACUGCAUUGUGGGUACUAGCUUCGGUUCAUAUGUUACACAUUCUCAUGGUGGUUUUUUGUACUUUUCCAUUGAUAAGGUUUCUAUCCUUCUCUUCAAGACUGCUGUUCAACCAUUGGACCAUUCAUAACUUCCACAACUAUGAGCUAUGCCUAAUUGGGAAAAUCAACAUCAACAUCAACAACACCUUUAUCCCAAAUUAAUUGAGGUCGGUGGUAGAUGAACCCAAAUGAUGGGAAAAUAAGUUUAAAAAAUUUAAACCAACUGAUAUGUAAUAUUACAAAUUGAAACAUUUAAAGACACUUAUAUUCUGUGAUAUAUUCAAUGCAAUUUGUUUUGGAUUUUUCGUCUGGAGGAGAGCAUUUUGAAUAAAUAAUUUGU